CGUGGUCUCCCGGUGAAUUUCCUGCGGCAUCGCAGCGCGUACCUCCUCUGGCAUCUGACAAAACUUCACAGCCUUUUCUUAUCCUGCUCCCUUUUCUUCACCACCCCUUCUCCUCCCCCCCCCCCACCUCUUGUUUAUAACUUUAAAAAAAAAUUGCCCCCUGCCCUGUCCCUGUCGUUUGCAGGCGUGGUUCCCCACUCAGAUUUCAGAAGAUGAAGUGGGCAGAGAUUGCGGCGGGAGUUUUGCUGUUGGUGCUACUCUCUGGAGUUUGUGAGGGGCAAGCAGCAGAAUGUACACAGUUGGAGACAUGUGAAAGUUGUAUCGUUGGUGAUACUUCUCUGAACUUAACAGACUGCGUUUGGGCGCGAUGUAAGUCAGAAAUCUUUUGUGUUGAAAAGACAUCCGAAAAUCUCACGGCCUGCAGUAUACAUGACGAAGUUUCAAUGUGUGAAGCUGCCACUACUACUAAAGAAGCUUUGCCCACUACAGAAUCUGAUACUACCACAGAGAUUCCGACGACAGCUCCUGUGUAUUCACCCUCCAGCUUUGACCCUGCCAGUUUCAUUGGAGGGAUUGUCUUAGUUCUGGGAGCUGAGGCAGCGUUUUUCUUUGCAGUCAAGUUCUUCAAAGCACGAGAUGGAACCUACCAAACUCUGAUAUAAUCACGAGGAUGGAAGAAAUGGCAUUGAAGUGGCCAAAAAAAUCUGCUCGUUUCCCAGCAAACGUUAUUAAAUGACGCUGUCUUCACUAAUGCCACAUUUACAUUGCAUUGUAGUGGAGGAAAUUUUAAGAUUCUGUUUGCCUUUGGUGUGGUGGAUUGAAUUGGCUGCAAAAGCUAGAGUGCAUCCAGGAGUAAUGGUCUGUGCUAUGACCCUCAAUAGCACUGUAUUGAGAUGAUAUUGUAUUAGGAGAUUUAGUGAAAAGAUCUGGUUAAUAGCUUGCUUUUUAUGGACCAGGCUACACAAAGUGGCAUGUUCUUUUAUUUAAAAAAAAAAUCUUUAUGCAGACCCUAUUUUGUUGUUUUUUGCUGUUGAGCUUUUAAAGUUCUAAAUACAUAAAAGUUUAAUUUUAACUUUGAGGCUAAAUAUCACUUGUACUGGUUUCUGAAAAUUUGCAUAAAGUUCUGACGACAGUGUGAAACUAACAGACCAAUAUAAUUCUCAAAAUUUAAGAAUCAACAUAUUUAAAAGCUAUUUGGAAGACUGGCAUACUUCUAUAUGCAAACCAGUACACAUGCAGUAUAUUCGCAAUGGGGCUUCUGUUCUGUUAUGUAUUUGUUUGGUGUAUUCAUUUAAAUUUAUGGUGAAUUUGUUGAUUUAUUUCCAAUUCCCAACCCCUUCCCUGAUGAUCAUCUGAAGAUUUUCAUUCUGCUCUCAAAACCUCAAAUCAAAUUGUACUUUUCUGCUUUUAAUGCAAACUGGUUCUGCUGAAGUUGUGAUGUACCUAAUGUAUAAAUUCCCAAAUCUACUUAAAAUGUGAACCAAAACUACCUCCAAUUGCUAUUCCAUUUAUGAACAUUGUGACCAUGUUUUUUGAUGUAGAAUUGGCAAACACAAUGCUGUAAUUUGGCCAGAAAUGUAGGUCAAAUUGUUUUCAAAUUGUUCACGGGCCGACUUGCAGAUUAACGGGAUGUUUAAUCUGGACUGCACAGCACCACCAUACUGACAUGAUUUAUUUUUCUUUAACUCUGUAUGGUAGGAUCAAGACUAAAAGGUUAAGUUGAAAAUUGUGACUUUAAUUGUAACAUGUAAUUCAUCUGUGUUGGAUUGCAUUUUUCUUUUUAGUAUCUAAAAACAAAAGUCCUUUGCAGUGUGAUUGUGCUUUGUGUUGCAAGAUGCUGGAAGCUUUGUUUUUUUAUUUCAGUUAUGCUUAGUUACUAAAAGUGGAUAUUUGUGAAUUUUUCUGUUUUAGAUUCAUUAAAGAUGUAUCUAAAAGCCAUGACAAUGGGCCUUUUUUAAUCUAAUCUUCAUUUUUUUUUCCAAAUUUUUUGGGCAGGGGGGGCAAGGUUUGAAAUCUGCUGCAAACUCUGGUUAUGCUGCACUAUGAAAUUUUAAAAUCCAUUUUACAAGAAUCAGUGUUUUGAAUCAAUUUCUGGUAACUGUAGCGUAUGCCCAGAGGAUUGAACCACCAAUAGAAGCUUAAACUCUGGCAGUGAGUCGAAUAACUCCCAGUAACAAAAGCUACAGUGUCGUCGUCUUUUUAGUUUCUAGGUGAUACUACACCACUUGUUUGUUUUUGAGUAUUUUGAAUUGCUGACCUCUUGACCAAUACCAAAACACAACACUGUUAAAUGUAGUAACAUAGAAUAGCAGCAGGAGUAGGCCAUUCAGCCCACCAAGACUGCUCUGCCAUUUCUUAUGAUCAUGUCUGAUCAUGCAACUGAGCAUUCUGUUCCUACUUUUUCCUCCCCAUAUCACUUUUCUCCCCAAGAACUAUAUCUGACUGCUCCUCAAACAUUCAAUGGUUUUGUCUCAACUGCUUGCUCUGGCAGAGAAUUCCACAGGCUCCCCACUCCUCUUGGGAAGAAAUUUCUCCUCAUGUCAGUGCUAAGUGGCCUGCCCUGUCCCCUUUAUGACCCUUGGUUAUGGGCUUGUUGGAGCACACCUCCUGUGCUUGUCCUGAAUUAGGACUUGGGUCAAAUAUCCAAAACAUUGGUCAGUAGUUGCUUUCAAUCCCCUCAAAGGAAAGAAGCAUGACUAAAAAGGGGAGUGGUCUGGGGGUAUUUUUUCUCAUAUGAAAAGGUCAGAAUUGUAGGAAUGUUAGCUACCUUGGGGAAUCCGAGGAGAGAUAGCUUUUAGACGCUUUGAUUUUUGAAUUCUCGUCUUUAAUGUUGUUUGAUCAGCUAGUAACUUGGUCAGUGAGCAGAGGGGUGUUGAGGAAUGGGUGAAAGUUACAAUAUAAAUGGCAGUUUUUGAAGAAUUUCUUUUUCUUGUUCAUUCACGGGAUGUAGGCACCAUUGGCUAGGCCAGCAUUUAUUGCCCAUCCUUAAGGUGUGGGGCAGCUGAGUCCAAGGGGUUGCAGUCGCAUGUUUGCCAGACAAAGUAAGAAUGUCCCUGCAGGAUAUCAGUGAACCAAAUGGGUUUUUCUUGAAAAUUGGCAACUGUUUCAUUAUCAUUAGACUUAUUCCUUUUUGAAACUUAAACCCAAAUUCCACCAUGGCUACAUUAAAACCUAGUCCUCAAGAAUUACCUGUAUUUCUGGAUUAAUAAUCCCAAUAGGCUGUUUCUCCCUUUAAAUGUAGGAUAUCAGACCUCUCAGCUUUAGUAUUCUCAUCACCGCAGGAUCCAGUCACUCAGGUACUGACCUGAGGCAGGCAGAUCCACUGGAAAACCUUUUUGAUUCUAAUGUUCCCAUGUAGACUUUUCUUCCCUUUCCACCAAAUAAACUUAACAGUCAACUAAACCCUUCUCUCUGUAUUGCACAUAAUUCACACCAACUCCCUUUUUUUUUGCCCGCUUAGUGUAGCCUUUCUUUGUUCCCACCUAUGAUUCCAAAUCCUUUUAUGAUGUUAGCUCCCUCAAAUCUCCAGAUUCUCUGCUUAUCCUCCAAUUCUGUAUGGCUGUACGUACUGAUUUUAUUUUUAAUUACUCCAAGCUUUUGGUUUGUAGCUUCGUGCCUGUCCCUUUUCUCUUUGAUACUGUGAAACACCUUGGGAUGCUUUAAGAUGUUGUGUUAUAUCAAUGUAGGUUGUUGAUAUUUACUCCAUAUAUGAAACUUUUUCAUUUUGUUGCAUUCCAAUAGUUUUCACUCUGCAUUCAGCUGUUCUGAUGACCCUAGGGAAAGGCCAUCCUCUCCUAUAAUGGCCUUUUUGAUUCCAUGAUCUUAUGAGCAAAUACAAAGUACUGUAAAGUUAUAGCACAAUAACAUUUUUCCCUCACUGCAACUAAAUAGUGACUAAACUGUUCACUCCCUUUCAUUGCACAAUCUCUAGUGAAUAAAACUGGCAGACUAACUAACUACUUUUUUAAAUACUACUGCCAGGUGUAAAAGACUGCAUGGCCACCUCAUUACUUCGAAAUGCUCGAACUUACUUGUUUUGUUGGCAAAAUGGCUGAAACGUGUUCUAUUUGGCUUUUGGAGCGGGAGUGUAUAGCAUCGGUCAGCAGCUCGUUUACGCUGAUUUGACAAUGCUGUCUGACAGGAUCCGAUCAGUUUUUUUUGUAUGAACAAAGACUGGGAUUUGAUCAUGCUUCACUUGGAAAUUGGCAAUUUGAUGUACGUGUGGUCCUUUAUUUUUGCCAUUGUACUGCAACUUCAUACUUGUAGAAAAAUCAGCCCUAGAAAUAGCAUGGGUUAAAAUGUUCAUAAGAAAUGGGAGCAGGAAUAGGCCAUUCAGCCCCUUGAGCCUGCUCCAUCAUUUGAUAGUCAUUGCUGCAUUCAUCUGCCUUUACCUGCCUGUUCCCUGUAACCCUUCAACUCUUUGCUGAUUUAAAAAUCUAUCCGCUCCUUCACUGUUUUCUCAGUGUUAACCUCUAUUGACUGCUUCCAGGUGGCAGGGUAAUUUCUUUUUGUCUUUGCUCCAUCAAUCAAAACUAGCUAUAAUUAUUGUUUAUGGUACACAAAAUGUUUGCUUCAUUUUUCCGUGGUCCUGGGCCUUCCAGGGACCUUCAGUCAUGGUUGGAUCACUGCUGUAAUCAAUUCUGUCCCAUCCUAACAACGCCAUGUUCCUUCUGAGCCCAUCUUCUCUGGAAGUGUGAAGAGCUGCAAAGCAGAGUAGAGUCUGUUAGAUACAGUUCUGAGGGUAGAGGGGAUCAAAGGAUAUGGGGAGACAGCGGGAACAGGGGACUGAGUUGGAUGGUCAGCCAUGAUCUUUUGAAUGGCAGAGCAAGCUUGAAGGGUUAAUGGCCUUGGCCUGUUUUUAUGCAUCUUUUAUUUUAAAGAUUUAAGUAUUGGAAGAGGUUAGCAGCUCAAAGUAGUCAACCAUAGAAAAGGAACUUACUACUAUGGAAAAAGAGAGUAGACGAGUAAGUGACUGGACAGGGUGGAUGAAGAGGUAGUCAGAUUAGCGGGAGGGAGCAUUAAUGUCAAACCAUGACUGGCGAGUCCAUUCUGAGUGACUCGGGAAUGUAGUCUAAUGUUCUAAUAAGUCCUAUGAUGAAUUAAUCCAAAAGGUUACUCAUGUCGUCUAAUGAUCCAAAGGCUCUGACUUCAGUUUAAAGUCGGAGAAUUCAUAUAGACUGUUAAAGUUUGCAUCAUUAAUCAGAAGAUGCUAGUCAAUUCCCAUGCAGGUCACUGCAUCAGGAGAUCCACCAUGUUCCAACCUACAUCUUAGUCAUAUGUCCAGAUGCAGGGACUGGAAGUUUUGGGCCUUUGCUGUUUGUGCUAAUAGACCACAGUGUAUUUUGAAACAGCUUACAACCAAAAGUCUGAGUGGCUCUUUUCCAGAGAUGGUAGGAGGAUUGUAGAAUUGCCACUUUGAUAUCUGGUCUUAAGAAAAAAAAAUCUCAUUUCCAACUGCCACGUUUAUGCUGUGCAGUACUUUUAAUAUCAGCCAAAGUUAAAUGUUGGAAUUUUGGUUUUAGCCUUCAUUUUACUUUUAUAGGUGGAUAACAGCAAUUUGGAGUGAUCAAACUAAUUCUCAAUUUUACAGAAUAUUUCCUCUUUAUGUUGAGAAAGAAGCUAACGAUGUAUCAAAGUGGCAUUUUUUCCUUUCAGUUUAUAACAACUGGGGCAUUUAAUACUCUACUCUUUUUAAUGAUAUCUCAGGAUGUAUGAGUUCAAUCUUGUACUUGGAACAUUUUUAGAAAUUUCAGGAGUAAGUUUCUUUUAAAAACCAGAAGGUUAAUUGAGUUUUCUGGCAGCUGGCAUUUAGACAUGUCUGAUGUUAAUAGUACCCUUGCUCAUUAUGCACCUUCAUUGCCUUCACCUCUCAACGGUGUGAACUGUAGAAAUGUCAGUUAUUUUUAUGAUAUUGCACUGAAGUUCAAGGAAGAUAAUUAAAAUGACUGAAUAACAUUUGCUGUUUAAACACUAAGUUAAAAUUCCUGCCCUUCACACAAGGACAUCAAUCUAAUUGUAUUUUCCACUUCUGGUCUUGCUGCAUUUGCAAAAAGGUUAUCUUUUUAAGGUGAGAGGAGAGAGAUGUUUUAAAAAAGACAUGAGGCAAAUUUUUUUAGACCACAAGUUGAUUUACAUGUGGAAAGAACUUCCUGAGGAAGUGGUGCUGUAUGACUGAUUCUAUCCAAAUACUAAUGUUGAGGGAGUACAUUUUAGUGGCUAAACUAAUACCAUUUCACCCCAGUUGCAGGGCUUGCUGAAAUUAAGCCUUAAUUCCUGCUAGAACCAUCAAGUUUGUGCUAUGCAAUUAUCAAUGUAUUUACCCACAAACAUUUUUGAGGUAUAGAGACUCCAGAAUAAAAUUGUACUGGCCAAAGAUCCCAGUCAAAUCUCAGUCUGGAUUGCAAACCCAAAUGACACAUGUUAGAGUGUGGAAUGCACCCUCGUUAAAUAAAUGUGAUAUAACAAGGUACAUGCAAACUGCUUGGGGAAAAAAAAGCCUCAUCCCAAGUAGCUGAACUGCCUGAAAUUUAACUUUUCUUUUUGCAAUAAAUAAGAUUGCUUAAUGUUAGGAAGUCUGUCAUUUUAUCAUUUAGACCAUUAACAAAUAUCAUACUUAACAAAUACCGUACUUAACAAAUACCAUACCUAACAAACCAGAACUUUUAAAUUACCCUGUUAUUUUCACAGAGAUUAAUCAAUAAGGAGGCAGGAAAAUAAAGUAUAAUUAACUUAGUUAGUAGCACUAGCUCAGGUUAGAGUGAGAUCUGAUCUAGAAAUGUAUUGUUCAACAACUGAUGAAAGGAAGGUUUCCUAAUAACGUCACGUUUGUGCUGUCAGAAUGCCCUCAAAGUUUGCAAUUGAUUGGUUAAAAUUCUAACAGCCUAUUGUGAAAUUUGAGAGUUUGGUUUUUUUGAUGUGGACCUGUGCAAUUGAUAAUCUUAAGACGUUUCACCACACAAGUCUGGGCCUGAUUUGUACCCGGAAUGCAAAGCCAGUGCAUCACCCAAUCAUCAUCAUCAUUGCAGGUUGCCAUUAAGUUGACCUUCAAAGAGACACAGUGAGGAAGAAGAGUAUAAUUAGGAGUGAAGUAGGAGGCAGCUAUCACUUGGUGCAGGAGCAAGUUCUCUCAAAGUUGGGGCUUUUGGACAUUUGACAUUUUGAGGAGUGAGAACAAAAAAUGUCACAGCUCCAUUGUUCCAUUAAUUUUGAGGCCUAUCUUUUAGAUUACUGGUACCAUAUCGAUAGAAAAACAUUCACACGCUAAUAUUGUGUGGCUAUGACAUUGCAUUGCCAUCUGCCAGUAUGGAAUACAGAUGCCUUUGGGGCCUUAAUUAAAAUAAGCAAGAAAAUAAUCAAUAUUUGGUAAAUUUAAUGCAGAAAUUAAGCAUGCAAAGUUUUCAAAGUGAGGGUACUUGUUUUAGUUCCCUUUUUCAUUGGCCAAUACUGAUGAAAGAUCUGCAAAUUAGUCAAUGAUAUUUUUCCUUUAUAUGCAAUUUACAUAUAGUUACUAAGUUCACUGUAUUGCUAACAUCAACCAAUAGCUUUAUUAUUGCUUGUUUAUAAUAGAGUCACUAGCUUUAUUGACACGUUUAAGCCCUUGGUGGGUUCUUUCAGAAAUUCUGUUCUGGCUGCAGAUGACAAUUUUGGAGAUAUUUUCAAUUUCUUUUGUUCAUUAGUUUGGUUGAGGUCAUGUAAACUUGAUUUAUAACUCAAACUGAAAGCACUUUUGACCUCUGGCUUUCACACUUGUGAAGAGAACUACCAUAAACUGUCAUUGUCAUGUAGCUGAAACUUAGACAUUGGAUGAAUUAUCUGUUUGUUUAGAUACAGUUAUUUCUGUUUUAUUGGAUUUUUGUACAAAAAAUCUUUAGAAAACUGCUUGUAUUGUGAUUGCACUAUACUUUGAUCAUUUGUGCAUUAUACAGUUCUCUGUAUUUUUUCACAUUGGUUUGGAAUAACAUACCACUAUAUUGGCGUGAUUGUGUGAAAUAAAGA